AUGGACAAGGAGAAAACUGUGGUUGCUGAUGCUGGACAGGGGCAGUCUUCAGGCGCCACGGAGAUGCUGGUGGAUAUAACUGAUGUUGGGGGGUUGACAGCAAAAAAUAACUGGCAAACUCCUAAGAAACUAGGGUCUCAAAAUAAACAAGGACAAAGAGGAAGUAAUAGUAAGAAUGUUCACAAAGUAGGGGCCCAAGGGAAGAAACUGACAAUGGAUUUGGGCUGGAAUAUAAGGGGCUUGAAUAACCCGAAGAAGCAUUAUGUUGUGUUAGACAUUUGUAGUAAGAGUAAAAUAGGGAUUGGUGCUAUCUUAGAGACUAAACUGAAGGGAGUUAAAGUGCAGGAGUUAAUGAUGAAUAAAUUUAGAAACUGGGACUAUUAUUCUAGUUCUGUGACAGAAGGUAGAAUAUUGAUAAUAUGGAGGAAAGUUUUUGUCAAAGUUAGUGUGAUAAAGGAGGAUUCUCAUUUUGUUCACUGCCUGGUUAGAAUGAUAGGUCACAAACAGUCUUUUUAUAUUACUUUUGUGUAUGAUCAGAACACUUUGGAGGAGAGGAAGUUUUUAUGGCCAGGUUUAUCUCAGCUUGUUCAACCAAUUCAUUCUUGGAUGAUUUUAGGCGAUUUUAAUGCUGUUUUCACUGCGAAGGAUAGGAUUGGGGGAAAGCAAGUUUCUCAGAUGGAAAUUGUAGACUCUGCUCAUUGGAUUGCUAUGAACCAUUUGGAAGCACUUAAGAGUACUGGUUCUUUCUUUACAUGGACUAACAAUCAAGAGGGAGUGUCUCAAAUUUAUUCCAAAAUAGACCAUGUUUUUAUUAAUAAGGAAUGGUUAGAGGGUUUUCCCAAUACUACAGCUGUGUUUAAAUGGGAAACUAGUUCAGAUCACUAUUCUUGCACCAUAUCUGUUUUACCAGUUGAGAAAUUGGGUGUUAAACCUUUUCAAUUCUAUAAUUUUUGGACUGAGCAUGCUCUUUUCAAGCAGCUAGUUUUGGAGAGUUGGAGGCAGCCGAUGACGGGGAUUGGUUUGAAAACUAUCUUCUUGAAGACAAUGAGACUUAAGCAUAAACUAAAAAGGUUCAAUAUGAACCAUAUUGGAGAUAUAGGGGUUCAAUUUCAAAAAGCUAAGGACCAAUUUCAGGAUGCUUUGUAUCAAGCUCAACUUCAUCCUAGCAAUUUUGUCUUUCAAGACAAGGUUAAAUUCGUAGCUGCAACUUUCAGAAAACGCAAAGAGGAUAAUAGAAUAGCCACGUUCAUCAAUGAGCAAGGUAGGGUGGUGCACAACUACUCGAAAGUUGUGUCUCAUUUUCUGAAUCAUUUUCAGGGUAUAAUGGGAAGUCCCGGUUCGGCUUCCAAGGGUUUAAACAGUUAG